UUCAUCAUCUGAUGGGACAAGAUGGUCUGCGAAACACCUUCUAGCUCUAUGAUCUUUGGAUUCUAUGAGGAGAGAUUUCAUGAGUUCAAAUACUUACUGCUUGUGUGACCUCGCUUUACACUUAACCUUGAAAGUUAAGCCUCAGUUCCUCAUUUUUUCAAAUGAGGGGUUGGAUUUGUCUUUUCUACCUCUAAAAUUAGGAAGCUCAGAGAAUAAACUAAGGGAGGCUUCAGUGUUUUGUUUUUUUUUUUUCCUAUAGCUAAAUAUCUGAUUCUGUGAAUGGAGAUCUUGUACUAGAGAGAGAAAUUUAGAUAAGGGAGAUUAAUCCAUUUUGGAGGGCUUUGAUUCUAUACUUGAUCCUUUCUUUCUUUCUUGUUAAGUGCCUUGCCCAAAGUCACACAACUUCUAACUGUUAAAUGUCUGAGUCUGAAUUUGAACUCAGCCACCUAACUGCCUCUUAAUCUUUUCUUGAAACAGCAGAAAGCCAUUGUGAAUCCUUGGGAAGAGGAAUGACAUAAUUAUAAAAACAGUAUAGAAGAUAUUCAGGAUGGACUGGAGGUAGUAUUAUUGGAGGUCUGGAGGCCAACUAAAAAGUCAUUGAACAAUGAAUCUUUGUUUAGUUUAGAAACCAUGAACAAUAAAAUAAUUUUCUGUGUUAAAAGCUAAGGGAGGCAAUUUUCUUUUAAUGAAGAUUUGAGGUAAUUGGAGAGAAGAUGCCACAAUAACUGACUUUGCUGCUUAAUAUAUUAGAAGGUCAAGAACAAAAACAGAGUAGGUCAGAUUUAAGCUCAGCUUUUCACACCUAUAUUGGUUAUAAAAUGUUGCUAGGAUCUGGUUAUGGUUUUUUAUUUCAAAGGCUAAAGCAUUUGGAGUUAGUGGGUGGUUUCUUAUUUGCUUUUACUCUUUCAUUAUCCAGGAAUCUGGUAAGUCUGGCUUUUGGGAGCCCAAGGAAAUCAUUUGUUCUUUAAAUUUUCUAAAGUUUUACCUUUGCGAAGUGAAGAGAGAACUUGUCCAUGAAGUGAAAUUAAUUUCUAGUUGAUAUAAACAGAUUGAAAACAAGUGUUCUUCCUGUCACUAUCUCUUCCCUUCCCCCUUAUGGUAAUUUGAAGGAGACACUACAGAUGACUCACUUUCUGGAGAAUCCAGAUAAGUAAAGUAUGGUUGAAAGUAAAGCCUUAAUUAACAUUUGGCUUAAUCUAGGAUUCAUUAUUGCUAGUUUUAUUAUUCUAGGAUUUAUCUUUUGCAUCUUGAACAAAAAUCUGAACUAGAAAUCAGGCUAUCUGGUUCCUAGAAUUAAUGUGCUGCACUUUUAUUGAUUAAAAAAAUCAAAUGCUUUAAAAAAAGAUAACCUAUAUAACUUAUUAACUAAUCUUUUCUCCCUGUUUCUAAUAAAAAUGUGGUGAAUUUGAAAUCUAUGUCAUUACUAUUCUUUCCUGGAUUUAACUAUUUAAACUGGAGGUUGAAAAACAUAUUUAUUGCCACUGAUCCAUAAUAAAAGAAUAUGAUAAGGAGUUCACUUCUGCUGCUGCUUGCUGCCUGUUAGCUGUCAUAGCUAGUUGUUGGUUGCUCCUGGCUUCUGUUGCUGCUGCUAGAUGCUGGCAAUAAUUUAAAAACUAAUAAUUGUUUGUCAUUUUAUAGUUCUAAGGAUGUCUAAGGACAUCCAAGUGAGAAGUAGCAGAGAAAACCUGAAUUACUUUUAUACUCUUUGGAAGGACUUAUGUACUUCAUCGACUAGCUUAAACUCCUUUUUAGGGUUAGCCAACUAUAAGAUGUCAUUCUCCUUAUUAUAACAAUCUCCUUUUUGGGGUGAGUCCAUUUGCUAAAUAUUUCAAUAGCUAAUGCCUGUUAGAAUCCUAAAUUUCCAUUAGAAUUAGCCCUGUAAUCUCCCAUUUGCCAAGCUUUGAUAGUAUCUCUGCUAGUGAACUUGUAUUUCCCCUUAAUUACUAAAACCUCUUUCCGUUGCUAACUUCUCUUAGAGUUUUGCCUGCUCUUAGCAUCAUAACAAAAUCUUUGACCCCCUUAUUUUUUAUUUUAAUUAAUUUGUUAUAAUAUUUUAUUUUUUCAAAUACAUGCAAAGGUAGUUUUUAACAUACACCCUUGCAAAACCUUGUAUUCCAAUUUUUUAUAUCCCUCCUCUAGACAUCAUGUAAUCCAUAUAUUCUAUAAAUCCAAUAACCUAUAAAUUCUCUUGAGACAACUCAACACUAGCCUGAAAUCCCAGUAUACUUUUGGGGUCCACCACUCCUGGACCUCAACAGUGCCUUACAUUUGUAAAGUACUUUUGCAUUCAAUAUCUGCUUUGGUUCUUUGAAAAAUUCUGCAAGUGCCAACCUAAACUUUAUUGAUUUGGAAACUCAGGUUUAGAAAGAUUAAAAAAUUUGCCUAGGUUUUAGAAAUAGGGUAAAGCCAGGGCUGGAACUUUUGUCUCUUUCCUCCUCCCAUUUUCUCUUCCUUCUUUCUUUUCCCCCAGAAGAAAAAAAAAAGUAAACUUGAAGGCAGAAACUAUUUGAUUUGGGGGGGACUUUUUUUCUGGUAAAGAAUGGCAAAUAUUAGGCACUUAAUAAUGCAUGUUAAUUGAUUAAGUCCAUACUGGUCAUUCAAAAUUUGAUAUUUUUCUUUAAAAAAAUAAGAAAUACUCAACUUUCCUGCUUUAAAAUUAAUAAUAAGAACUGGGCAUUUGUUGAAAAAUUACCUGUGCAUAUGUUUUGUAAAUAAAAAGCUUUACUAAAAUAAAAAAAUUAAAGAAAUUAAAAAAAAAAAACAAAGAACUGGGCAUGGUUGUGACCAUGUUUGUUUUUCCCCAGUAAUACCAGCUGACCUGUCACAGAGUUCUGAAUUGCACUGGGCCAGGCCAAUCCCGUGCCCUUAAUAAUUUCAGCCUGGCGAGGCAGUCCUAAGAGAGUUGGAAUCUGUACCAAGUUAUUUAAGAAAGGGACAUUUAAGAGGCCCAGGCUGGGAAUUGGAACAAGUCAAAGUUCCUGGGUCAAUACAUAGUGGGAUUUGGGACCCUUUAAGUUUCCCUUGCACUUUUAGCCUGUGAGAGAUAGGGAAACCUAGUCUUAAAAAAUUAGUGACAAGAAAUAUAAGAUUUAAAUUUGUUAUAUAUAUGAUCCAUUAAUCUAUUAAUUUUGAGGAAAUCAAAAAAACACUUAUUUUGUACCUUUCAACUAGUUUAUAUGACUAUACUGUUCACAUUCAUAACACCUUUUGAGAGGAGUUUAUUUUUCUAAUACUAAAAAGAGAGAAUCCAGUACCCUUAUGAUUCUAUAUAUUUAACCAUUUACUGGAGCAAGAGAGGGCCUACAGCAAUUGGAUUUCUUAAUCUGUAACAUGAAGAUAGAUACUGGGAGGAAGAAAAAAAGGAAUAAAGACAAAACUAUUAUAUAACAACAUGAUUUUGUUCCACUUUGUUGCCCAAAAAAAAAAAAAAAAAAAAAAAGGUCUAUACAGAGGUGGGGAGAAAUAAUGGGAACAGGAGGGGGAAACACACCCGUAGAGGACAGCUUCUUAAUCUGAUGUUUAUGACGCCAGUUCUCUGUAUAGAUUUCAGAGAAAAUUCAUGUAUUUAAUAUUGUUGUUAUUGUUUUUAGCAUUUUGAUGACUGUAUUUCAGUAUGCUUUGUUUCCUUUGUAAUCUUAUAUACAUAUAUUUUAUUAUACCCAUUUAAAAGCAUUAUUCUGAGAAGAGAACCAUAGGCUUCACCAGACUGUCAAAGGCAUCUGUCCAUGACAACAACAACAACCAAAAAAAAAAAACCUUGCCAUAGAGUAGGAAAGGGAAGGAAAGUCUCCUAGUUGGUUCCAAAGUGAAUAUUUUACUUGAUUUAACCUUUUAUAUUAUUCCCCCGCUGUCUCUCAUGUAACAAGCUUUUUAAUGAAUCUGAUUGCCCUUAAUUCACAGCCUCUUUUAUUAAGGCUCUUAAAUUUUAAGUCUCCACUUUAAAUGGUAAGGUUCCAUCAUAAUAUCCUCUUUGAUGGAGGGAGGUGGUAAGUGAUGGUAGAAUUAUUCUGGAGCUUAUAGCACUGUGAAUAUGGUCAUAUCAUCUAGUGAGCUGGAUGGAAUCAAACUAAAAGAUUUAUAAUAUUCUGAUAAUAGAGUGUUUAAAUUCUUCCACUACUAUAUAUAUGUAUUUUUAAAAUUUCAUACUGUACUGUUGCUAACCUUUCUUAUAUUAAUGUACUUUAUGAAUUAUCCUUGAUGUGCAUAAAAUAAAAUUUAUUACAUGUUUUUUUAAAAAAGGAAGAAAAGAAAUCAAAUAAAAGAGUCAGUCCCCCAUAUUUACUUUAAUGCCUUUAAAAGACAUUUAUUAUUUUAAAAAUUAAGAUCUGCGCUGUACACGGCAACAGGAUUAUACAAUGAUCAAUUCUGAUGAACGUGGCUCUCUUCAACAGUAAGAUGAUUCAAACCAGUUUCAAUUGUGCAGUGAUGAAAAGCCAUAUACACCCAGAGAGAGAACUGUGGGAACUGAGUGUGGUUCACAACAUAGUAUUUUCACUCAUUUUGUUAUUGUUUGUUUGCAUUUUAUUUUGCUUCCCCCUCUCUUUUUUUUUCUGGUUUGAUUUGAUUUUUUUGGUGCAGGACAAUAGUUAUAUAAAUAUAUAUGCAUAUAUUGGAUUUAACUUAUAUUUCUACCAUGUUUAACAUAUAUUGGACUACUUGCCAUCUUGGGGAGGGUAUGGGGGAAACAGAGCGGGGGGGAUUGGAACACAGGGUUUUGCAAGGGCUAAUAUUGAAGAAUUGUCCACGCAUGUGUUUUAAAAAUAAAAAGCUUUAAUUAAAAAAACUGGAAAAGAUUUUUUAAAAAAAGGAAAAAAAAAUUAAGAUCUGUCUUUUUUCUCUCUUCACUUUUCCCAGUUGUGAAAACAAGAAAAAACAAAGCCCCUGUGGAAUCAAGCCAAACAAAUUCCCGCAUUGACCAUGUAUAUUUUUUUAAAAAUGAAAGACUCAUUCUUGAACUUUACUUUGAAAUCUUUGAACACUCACAAAGAGAUAUAGGAAUGUAUGAAACAUGUAUGUGAAGAAGCCCAUAUCACUAGAUUGUUAACAUCAAAGGACUUCUUUGUGAAACUCCAUGAUCAAAUCCAGUGAAUAUGGUAAAGCAGGGAUUGACUGUGAAGUGUGUUUCAUCUUGAUAAAGAGGAGAAAGAAGGUAGAAAGUCUUGUGUCUGGGAACAUAUGUGCUGGAGAAGAGAAUUGGGUUGAUAAUCGGACCAUCUAUGUCGGACACAAAGAACCCCCUCCAGGUGCUGAAGCAUACAUUCCACAGAAAUAUCCAGAUAAUAGAAUAGUCUCUUCCAAAUACACAUUUUGGAACUUCAUACCCAAGAAUUUGUUUGAGCAGUUCCGAAGAAUAGCCAAUUUUUAUUUUCUUAUCAUCUUUCUGGUACAGUUGAUUAUUGAUACACCCACAAGUCCAGUUACAAGUGGACUUCCUUUAUUCUUUGUCAUUGCUGUCACAGCUAUCAAACAGGGCUAUGAAGACUGGCUUCGACAUAAAGCAGAUAAUGCAAUGAACCAAUGCCCUGUCCAUUUUAUUCAGCAUGGCAAACUUGUCCGAAAACAAAGCCGGAAUUUAAGAGUUGGAGAUAUUGUGAUGGUAAAUGAUGGUGAAACCUUUCCAUGUGACUUAAUAUUUCUUUCUAGUAGUAGAGAGGAUGGAACAUGUUAUGUUACAACAGCCAGCUUGGAUGGUGAAUCAAGUCAUAAAACUUAUUAUGCAGUUCAAGAAACAAAGGGAUUUCAAACUGAAGAAGAGAUCGACAACUUACAUGCUACUGUUGAAUGUGAACAACCUCAGCCUGACCUCUACAAAUUUGUUGGGCGCAUACAUGUUUACCAGGAGAGAAAUGAGCCUAUUGUAAGGUCAUUAGGAUCAGAAAACCUGCUUCUUAGGGGAGCCUCUCUAAAGAACACUGAGAAAAUCUUUGGUGUGGCUAUAUAUACUGGCAUGGAAACUAAGAUGGCAUUAAAUUACCAGUCAAAAUCACAGAAACGAUCUGUUGUAGAAAAAUCAAUGAAUGUAUUCCUUGUUGUAUACCUCUGUAUUCUAAUCAGUAAAGCACUGAUAAAUACUGUCCUGAAAUAUGUGUGGCAGAGUGAUCCAUUUCGAGACGAGCCUUGGUUUAAUCAAAAGACCGAAUCAGAGAGACAGAGAAACCUGUUUCUCAAAGCUUUCACAGACUUCCUGGCUUUUAUGGUACUUUUCAACUACAUUAUUCCAGUGUCCAUGUAUGUCACAGUUGAAAUGCAGAAAUUUCUGGGCUCCUAUUUUCUUACCUGGGAUGAAGAUAUGUUUGAUGAAGAAACAGGUGAAGGACCUCUAGUUAAUACUUCUGAUCUAAAUGAAGAAUUAGGACAGGUAGAAUAUAUCUUCACAGAUAAAACAGGCACGUUGACUGAAAACAAUAUGGAAUUCAUAGAAUGUUGCAUUGAAGGCAAUGUCUAUGUACCUCAUGUCAUUUGCAAUGGGCAGAUCCUUCCCAACUCUGGAGGUAUUGACAUGAUUGACUCUUCUCCUGGAGUGAGUGGAAAGGAGAGGGAAGAGCUAUUUUUUCGAGCUCUCUGUCUUUGCCACACUGUUCAGGUGAAGGAUGAUGUUUUAGUAGAUGGACAGAAAAAGUCACCCGAUUCAUCAAGAUCUUGUAUAUAUAUUUCAUCAUCACCAGAUGAAGUAGCAUUAGUUGAAGGCAUUCAAAGACUUGGUUUCACAUACCUAAGACUGAAAGACAAUCACAUGGAGAUAUUAAAUAGAGACAAUGAUAUCGAGAGGUAUGAAUUAUUAGACACUUUGAGUUUUGAUUCAGUGCGGAGAAGAAUGAGCGUGAUUGUCAAAUCUGCUUCAGGGGACAUUUACCUAUUUUGCAAGGGAGCAGAUUCUUCAAUAUUUCCAAGAGUAUCAGAAGGCAAAAUAGACCAAGUACGAUCAAGAGUGGAACGCAAUGCAGUGGAAGGACUGCGAACUCUCUGUGUUGCCUAUAAAAAAUGUACACAGGAAGAAUAUGAUGAGAUUCAUGAGCUUCUACACUCAGCAAAAGUGGCACUUCAAGAACGAGAAAAAAAACUGUCCGAAGCAUAUGAGCAGAUUGAGACAAACCUUAUUCUGCUUGGUGCUACAGCUGUUGAGGACCGGCUCCAGGAGAAAGCUGCUGAUACCAUCGAAGCUCUUCAGAAAGCAGGCAUCAAGGUUUGGGUUCUGACAGGAGACAAGAUGGAAACAGCAGCAGCUACCUGCUAUGCCUGCAAGCUUUUCAGGAGAAACACCCAACUACUCGAGUUGACUACCAAAAAAAUUGAAGAGCAGAGCUUGCAUGACGUGCUCUUUGAGCUGAGUAAGACCGUCCUGCACUACAGUGGCAGUAUGACCAGAGACAAUUUCUCAGGACUUUCAAAUGAUCUACAAGAUUUUGGUUUGAUUAUUGAUGGAGCUGCAUUGUCACUAAUAAUGAAACCCCGACAAACUGGGAGCUCUGGAAACUACCGAGAACUCUUCCUGGAAAUCUGCAGAAACUGCAGCGCUGUGCUCUGCUGUCGGAUGGCCCCUCUACAGAAGGCACAGAUCGUGAAAUUGAUUAAACUUUCCAAGGAGCACCCUAUUACUCUAGCCAUUGGGGAUGGCGCAAAUGAUGUCAGCAUGAUUCUAGAAGCACAUGUGGGCAUAGGUAUUAUUGGAAAAGAAGGUCGUCAAGCUGCAAGGAACAGUGACUAUGCAAUACCGAAAUUUAAACACUUAAAGAAGAUGAUCCUUGUCCAUGGGCAUUUUUAUUACAUUAGGAUAUCUGAACUUGUGCAAUACUUCUUUUAUAAGAAUGUCUGCUUCAUUUUUCCUCAGUUUUUAUACCAGUUCUUCUGUGGAUUUUCACAACAGCCUUUAUAUGAUACUGCGUAUCUAACACUGUACAAUAUCAGUUUCACUUCCCUCCCCAUCCUCAUGUACAGUCUGAUGGAGCAGCAUGUCACCAGUGAUAUGCUCAAGAGAGACCCUUCGCUGUACAGGGAUAUUGCCAAGAAUGCUCUACUCCGCUGGCGAGUAUUCCUUUAUUGGACAUUCUUGGGCGUAUUUGAUGCUCUGGUAUUUUUCUUUGGUGCUUAUUUGAUGCUUGAAAACACGACAGUGACCAUCAAUGGACAGGUAUUUGGAAACUGGACCUUUGGAACUCUGGUGUUCACUGUGUUGGUAUUUACGGUUACACUAAAGCUUGCCCUUGAUACACACUACUGGACAUGGAUAAAUCAUUUUGUUAUUUGGGGAUCCCUGAUUUUCUACAUUGUCUUUUCUCUACUGUGGGGAGGAAUUAUCUGGCCUUUUCUCAGUUAUCAGAGGAUGUACUUUGUGUUCAUACAGAUGCUCUCUAGUGGUCCUGCAUGGUUGGGCAUCAUCCUGUUAAUAAUUGUCAGCCUUCUUCCAGAUAUUCUCAAAAAGGUUCUAUGUAGGCAGUUGUGGCCUACAGCAACAGAAAGAACUCAGAAUUCUUCAAGGCAAUGUCAGGACCAUAUUUCAGAAUUCACCCCUCUCGCCUCUCUAUCAAGUCCAACCUAUCGAAGCAAUGAGCUCUCCAGUUCUCCCCCUGCCACAAGGUCCCAUUCUCAUUCUAAAAAAGUGAUGCUGACAUACUGGAAUAGUCAUGAUUAUUCGUUCCUCCCGUUUGGGUUUAAUUUUUCCAAUAACUGUUACAAGUCCAGUGCAAGACACUGCUAUCAUGGGUCAGGUUUGGAAACGCCCGUAUGACAGAUCACCAAUUCAAGCCUUUAAAGAACUGCAUUUUUGAAUGUGUGUGUUUGUGUGUGUGUGCGUACGCAUGUGUGUGUGCGUAUGCGUGUGUGUGUGUGUGUAUGUGUGUGUAUUCUGUUUCCAGAAGAGGGAACAAAUACAUAAUAAAACAAACUAAGAAGUACUUGGCUCUCACUGUCUGGAGUAAAGAUUAGGCAGACAGAACUGAGAACCUGAAGUCUGUAUCCUUCCAGGCCUGAUGUGGCCUCUUCAAAAAAAAAUUUUUUGAACUGCUAAAGCAAUGAACAUCCUACACAGUCUGGUACUGUGAGACUGGUAGCACUUAGAAGUCCCCUUGUUCUAUGUUAAAGUUUUGGGAUUUUCUUUCUUCUUUCCUUUUUUUUUUUUUUUUUUUUUGCACAUACAUUGCUUGCUUCUAUUGUCUUCAGUCACUUGCUCUUACUUGAAGUGGAUAGUUUCAGUGAAUGACCUAUAUUUUAAUAUCAACAGUUCAGUUUCGAGCCAGAAGCUAUGACCUCAGAUAUCUCCAGUGACAGUUACUUCAUGCAUUUCACAGCUGUUUCUGAUAGUUCUCUUCGUCGUCCUCCUUCCUCAGCUCUCCCAAUUAGUUUUCCUCCCAUGCUUUGUAAAACACACUGGCGUGGCCUCUGUGAUCAUCUCUUGUCAGGAAACGCUCUUCGAAUGCUCGUAUUUUUGUAAGUGGCCAAAUUAGGCAUCUGUGUGAUUAUGUAUAUUGGUUUUCCUAGUAGAAAAAAAAAAAAAAGACAACACUUUAUACUUACCCCUACAAAGGGAAGUUGGUUUGUCAUAGGUAGUACUGUUAUUUUGCAUGUCAGACUCAAGGUCACUUGUGCUGAAUGUGUUAAUUUAUCACAAUACAUCCUAGAAAAGUUAGAGUAAAUUCAGUAAAUUCAUUUUUUAAUUCCCUUCCUAUCACCUCGCUGCCUCCAUGGAGAAAAAUGUUUAUAUGUAUGACUGUGUAAGUGAAUGUACUUGGUACAAAUUAGGAAACACUGAUAGUUUUUCCUCUGAAAGCUCUGAGAUACUAUUUUGUCAGACUUGAAAGUAUGGAGUUUUUUGGUUCCCUGUUGAUGGAAAUUUUUAUUCUAGGGCUUUAAAAGGGAAGGGGUAGUUUAGUAACAUUGGGGGGCUUUGGCACAAAUGAUUGACUAUAAUAUCAUUAUACUGCACCCUAUGUUGUAAUGAAAAGUUGGAAAUCUAGUUUUCUAAGACAUAACCACCAGGUGGCAAUUGUCUUUCAAAAUGGUCUUAAAACUUAUUUCCAAUUGAAAAGAUAUGGUUACAAGGUAGCCUUUUGAUUUUUUUUAAAAGCAAUACAGCCAGCUUGUAAUUCUUCCAAGGCUCUCUAAGGUUUACCAAACCUUGCACUAAUUUAACAACUAGGUGUGUCCUUUAUCUUGGGAUUUUAUCCAGUAUUUUGUUUGGAAGGUGUAAAUGACUGAAGGAUUGCUUUAAAAGUCCCCAUUACUUUUACAUACCCAGUGUUUAUUUAUAUGAACACUCUUCUUGACAUAUUUGAAUGACCAUUAAAUUAACAUAUUCAAUUUGGGAGUCAAAUGUAAACAGUAAAGACUGACUCCCUUUUAGAAAGGCCCAUUCCCAAAAGUGAUGAAGAGAAAGUGACAUGUGUAAGAAUCAACACAGAGGGCUUAUUCUUAGACAUUUGAUAUUAAGGUUAGACAUUUGAGAGCAUAGGGUUUCACCUAAUAAAAUAUUUCAUUUGAAUUAUAGAGAAUUUUUUUUACCUAAAUGGAGUACUAAUGAUAAGAACCAGUGAAUUAUUUUAAAGUUCUUAGAAUGUUUUAAUGAAUUAUGAGCACUUAUCAUACCAAAGAUUAGGCUGAAUAAAAUUUGACUGUCAACAAGAAGUCAUUUUACUUCCCUAGAGACUAAGAAGCAUAGCAUUUUUAGCUUGAAAAUUGAAUGUUAGCAUUUCAAUAAUAACCUUUUCAGUUUCCUCUGUCAUGGACUCUAGCAGUAUUAUAAACUUAGUCCUUGCCUCCUUGGAUGUCACACUCAGAAAUCAUACCAUUCAUAAACACUGGUGUAUGUAUUUUUUAAAGAUUUUUUUAAAACCUAAUAUGGGUAUAAAUAUGAUACCCGUAGUGGUGACAAAUUUUCUGUGCAUUUAGUUAACAAAUUAUUUGUAAUGUAUUUUUUUAGAAAUCUUAAAAUUGCCUUUGCACUGAAAUAUUUUUCAUAGCUGUUUAUAUAUCUCUUUUAUGCAUUCAUUUGUUAACACACCAUUUCUAAUUUUUUAACUAUGUUUUGAAAAAUUUUUUAAUUUUAUGGGUUUUGGCCACUUUACAUUUAAAUUUUGCUGAUAGUUGUGACUGAAUGUUUAAAAAUCUGAUGAAUGUGAAAAUUUUCAGAUUCGAUUUCUUGCUUUCUCUUUCUCCUAAACUGUUACUGUUUCUGAUGGUAGUAAUUAACAGAAGACACAUCUCCAAAUGGUAGUUUGCUAAGUUUUUUCACCUUAUUCCUUUGUUAACUUCAUGCUAUCAUUUUUUUUCUCAUUUCUAUCUUUUAGCCUUAAAUAAGAAAAUUCUUGCUUGGUGAUUGAAUAUGCUGGAUUGCUGCUCUGCCUACUAACCAAAAGUUUACUACAUCCUUUUAUUCUUUCAUUGAGAAUCACUAAAGACUUUACAGAGUCUAAAAUGUGUUUUAGAAAAUAGCCUGAAGAAUUGUUAAGUGUAUAUGCCUCCGUAUUUUAAAUAGAGUUUGCAAGAAGAGAUGCAGAUGUUUAGUGGCCAGAGACAGGGAAAUAGAGAAAAGGAGGAUCCCGUUGAAAUGGCACUUUUACAUCUGAUUCAAUAGCAGAUUCUUUAUAUUAAUUAGUUCCUAUCAUAUAUUUAAUGCCUUAUAAUGUCACAGGUUAUAUGAGAAUUCGCUGCAGGCCCUUGAAUUUAAAAAUCCUAUUUAUUGCAUCAGAUGUUACACAGAAAUAAUGAGGAAUCUAUAGUUUUACCCAAUGUGUGCAACUUCACAACCAGUCUGUGAUUCUAAAAUUAAGUCUGAAGGACUUACUUGAGGAAUAUGACAAUUAAGUUUAAUGACUUUUCCAGGGGUAUAGGACAAAUUUCUUGUCAGAAUCAGCAUUUGAACCUUGGGCUUUCUAGCAUAAAGUCCAGGAUUCUAUCUAAUAUGCCACAAUACCUCUGUGUGUCAGAAAUUAAUGACAAAGUUAGGAUUUAUCAUGUUUGGAUGCAAGCUCUACUGCUUCUGCUGUCUUCCCUUAGAAGUUUUUCUUUUUAAUAUACAAGUAUGUGAGUGAUCUUGUCUAUACUUCCAUCCCCCUAUUACUUCCAACUCCAUGGUAAUUCAUGACCAUGCACGCACACACAAACAUAUACACAUAAUCACACUCCUCUCUGGAGCUCUCAUCCUACCUUCCUUUUUCCUGAGGUGUUUCCAGACUUUGUUCCUUCCCACUCCACUCCCCAGUAGAAGUCUCUGACCACUUCUGUGAAGCCUGUAUCCCAUCUGCAUUCAGCUGAUAGGCUCUUAGCAAAGUCAUUAUAGCAUACCUUUCUCCAGUAGGCAGACUGAUUAGGUACCAUCCCAACCCAAUUUCUUUAAUGAUAAGUGUAAAGGCUUCCCUGGACAGAGAUUUUUCUCUCUCAGGGAAACUCCAUCUAAAAUAUCUAAUCUCUGCUCACUGUCCUUCUGUUAAGAGAGCUCUCUGGGAACCCAGAAAGGAAGCUAAGGCUUCCAAAGAAGGCACUCCCAGUUCUAUUUAAGUGCCCUCUGGAGGAGGCUGGGCUCUCUGAUUUUUUGGAAGGGAAUAGUCUCAUUCCAUAAUCCUAUGGAGUAAGGAAGUUCUCUGUGUGUCAAUUUGGUUUCAAGAAAUAACACAAAACUUCCCUACAUAUUUGAUUCAAUAGAGUGAAAAGGGCAGAUCAAAUUUUAAUGAAGUGUGGGAGAGUUGUAUCUCACAUUGGACAUUGACAUUCAUUACAGCUAAUUUAUCUGGGAUAGAUUGGGGAGCGAGGGGAGAGAAGCAUGUUGGAGAGAGAAGGAGAAUGACAGAUUUUGUAUCACUUCCUAGCUUGCCUUGAUUAAAUUGUUGCAGCUUUAACAAAAAUGUUUCAUACAUGCUGUUAGAACCAUUUUAAAUAGACAUCAACCAAAUGUUCUGUGAAAGCUGGAGAAAGUAUUUCAAGCUUUGUCUUUUUCUUAACCACCGAAUUUUUAUGUAUUUCUGCACUGGUUAGUAAGAAAUGAUUACCAUUGUUUUUAUCUCAUAGUAUCAUUGAGAUUAUUUAUUUGACACGUAAUACAAAGACUUGGAUUUUGCUUUCUUGCAUUACUUAUUUUUCUGGUAUCGCCCAUUUGUUUGGAUCCCAUUGGUAUGCAAUUUUCAAACUGGGAGAAAAAUGUUGGUGAACCACUGCAGUCUUUUUUUUUUAAUUUUGAAAGCCAGGGUUUAGGGGGAAUGGGGGACAAGAAUCAUUCUGAUAAUAACAAAGCUUUAAUGGAAACUUGUUGGAAGUAUUAUAAAAGUGUGAUUCUACUUUUGCAGAAAAAAAAUCUAAAGAUCAGUUUAUAUAGCUUUAUUUUUUACUUUAUCAAAAUAUACAGAAUUUUAAUAUACUGUACAUUGUCUCUGACUGAAAUUAUUAUAUGUGUAUAUGCAUUGCCAUUGAAAAAUAUCCAUUCAUUAUGUAAUAUAAAGGCAAAUCUUCCAAAAAUGCCACUGGAGGAAAAAGUAGUUACCACUGUAUUUAACAUAAAUGGUAUCUGUAGUUGUCAUCAUCAUGAAAUAUUGGAAUUUCUUUUUUAAUUGUUAAAUUCAAUAGGUGCAUUUAACAGACAAUAAAUCAGCCUUUAAACAGUAAUGUUUAAUUGGUAACAAUUCAUUAACUUGCUCUGAAAAGUCAAACUAUGGACUCAAUUGCUACAUUUCUGUAAAGUUUAUUUUGUAUGCUGCUGUUUUUAACUUUCAUUUCUGAAGAUAUCAAAAUAUAACCUGUUAAAAUUCAGCUUUCGAAUUUUUCUGUAGAUUAUAUAAGCAGGAAUUCAGACUGCUUGCAAUAAAAAAAUGGCUGGUUUAGUUUCUUCACAAACAAAUAAAAAUCUCACAAGGGG